UUUCAUAUAGUAUAUUCUGAACGCAUUCAUUUGCAGAUGCGCAUACAGUUUUGCGCAUUUUGUACAAGUUGGGGGAAAUCACGGUCAAAAAAUCUAUUUUAACACCGUUCAUCGGUCUUUCCUUUUCCGUACACUUAAUCAUGGUGUCAGGGACUUUGUACACGUACCCAGACAAUUUUCGUGCUUUUAAAGCACUAAUUGCGGCACAAUAUUCUGGAGCCAGUGUUAAAGUUGCACCAGAUUUUAUAUUCAAUGAGACAAACAAGACUGAAGCUUUCCUCAAAAAAUUCCCAAAUGGAAAGGUCCCAGCUUUUGAAACUUCCGAUGGAAAAUACAUAAGUGAAAGUAAUGCAAUUGCAUACUAUGUUGCAAAUGCUCAAUUACGUGGAAAAACCGACCUAGAUCAAGCACAAGUAUUGCAAUGGAUUAGUUUUGCCGAUUCGGAAAUAUUGCCAGCAUCAUGUGCAUGGAUUUUCCCUAUUUUAGGAAUCUUACAAUUUAACAAACAGUCAAACGAACGUGCAAAAGAGGAUAUUAAGAAAGUAUUGGACAUCUUAAACAAACAUCUUCUAUCACGAACAUAUCUAGUUGGUGAACGUAUUACUUUAGCUGAUAUUGUCGUUGCGUGUACAUUACUUAAUUUGUAUCAACAUGUGCUUGAUGCAAACUUCCGUAAACCGUAUCAAAACACCAAUCGUUGGUUUAAUACCGUUUUGAAUCAACCACAAGUUAAAGCUGUAAUUAAGGAUUUCAAAAUAUGUGAAAAACAAGCUGAAUUUGAUCCCAAGAAGUUUGCUGAAGUUCAAGCACAACUUGGUGUUGCCAGUGCCAAAAAAGCUGAAAAGAAAGAAAAACCAGCUAAAGAAAAGACACCCAAAAAAGAUGAAAAGAAAGAAAAGGAAGCCCCCGAAGAAUUGGAUUUAGCUGACGAAGCUCUUGCUACCGAACCUAAAUCAAAGGAUCCAUUUGAUCUUUUACCAAAAGGAACUUUCAAUAUGGAUGACUUUAAACGUUGUUAUUCAAAUGAAGAUGAAUCAAAAUCAAUUCCAUACUUCUUCGAAAAAUUCGAUCCAGAAAAUUAUUCUAUUUGGUUAGGCGAAUAUAAAUAUAAUGAAGAACUUACCAAAACAUUUAUGAGUUGUAAUUUAAUUGGUGGUAUGUUCCAAAGACUUGAUAAAAUGCGAAAAUGUGCAUUUGCUUCAUGUUGUUUGUUUGGAACUGAUAAUGACAGCUCCAUUUCUGGUAUCUGGGUAUGGCGUGGCCAAGAAUUAGCAUUUCCAUUAUCACCUGAUUGGCAAAUCGAUUAUGAAUCAUAUGAAUGGACAAAAUUGAAUCCAGCUGAUGAAAACACUAAAAAAUUAGUAACCCAAUACUUCUCAUGGACUGGCACCGAUAAGAAAGGCCGAAAAUUCAAUCAAGGAAAAAUUUUCAAAUAAAUAUUGUUUACCAACAUCGAUAAAAAAAAAUCAGAUAAAUCACGUUAAUAUACAUAACACAAUCGACGUUAAAAUUAUUUUGGGGGUGCUGUCGUUAAUAAUCAACUGCGAAAUAUUUUGCAACUUUGUUCACAAGUGUACUAUUUUUUUAUUUUGUUAUAUUUUGUAGUUGAAAUUUAUUUUGGAAUGCGUACUUUUAAU